CUCUCUCUCUUUCUCUCUUUCUCUCUCUCUCUCUCUACACCACUCUCUUCCCAUAUAGCUCUUUCACUCUGCAGAUUCUCAAUUCUUCAACCUUCUCCGCCAAUCAAAAAGCACGCCCAUAUAUUAGGCUAAGAAAACUGUAAAUAUUUAUGUUCUCAGAUUAACUAAUAUUAAUUAUAUUACAUGUAAAGUAUCUAUUUUGUAUAUACCUUUGCAUUGUGUUAUGAAAUAUGUUGUUUAUAAAUGUAAUAUGAUGUCAUUUUUAAAUUGAUUGUAAAUUGUCAUGUAAUUCAGCUGUGGCUGCGAAAUGAUAAUAAUAAAACAAACUGAACUGAACUGAAGUAUGAUGCUGGGUUCUAUUCUGCAUGUACACCACAAUCAAUGCAUUCUACUUUUUGUAAAUUAUGAUGGCACACAUGAGUUGAUAUACACACUAUGAUCGUCUGAUUUCAAUGAAUAAUUGCAGCGCUCUGUCUAAUAUAAAUAUGCAAUUGGGAAUCUUUUGUUAAAGCUCAGCGGUGUAUGAUGUCUCCAUAUAUUAUUUUUCAUUGGUUCCAUUUUCUGUGGGGUAGUAAACAGAAUGCAGACUGUACUUCAAGUUCGAUGAUCAUAACUAGGCCAUAUUUCCUUGUUGAGUGUUGGGCGUAUACUAGACCUGAACUAUACCAGGGACGUGCAUGAACAGAUAUACUUCGUGAAACCUGGAGCACUUGUAUAAGAUGACGUCACCCUGGACUAAAAUGAGUCUCACUAUACUCAUCCUACUCACAGCUGGAGGAUUGCAUCUCAUCCAAGCAGAUGAGAUGUUUGUAUGUGACUACCUGGCCCGUGGUAUCUACAUGGCGUAUGUAGAUGGCGAUAGCAGCUUCGAAGACGCUAACUUCACACUACUCCCUCUCGAUAACGUUGAGACUCCCAUCGCUAUCCAAUAUGACUUACGAUCUCGUACCAUAUACUGGACUGAUGUUGCUCUGGAUGCCAUCUACCGAUCUAAUAUCGACGGGUCUGGUAAUGAGAAGAUCCUUUCUGAUCUUGGAUCCCCACAAGGAUUAGCUAUUGAUAUUGAAAAUGAUCGCCUGUACUGGACCGAUUCCGGUUUGGAUCUUGUGGAAUCCGCCAAUUUAGACGGUUCAAACCGUACGGUAAUUGCAGAUACCGAGCACGAUAAACCACGUGGAAUAGCAGUUUCGGUUACACAUGGACUCGUAUUCUGGAGCGACUGGGGGGAAGCACCUAAAAUUGAGAGAGCCAAUAUUGACGGGACGAACCGGUCAGUUAUUGUCAAUGCAAGCCUAACAUGGCCCAACGGAGUCACUAUUGAUAGCUCAGAGGAACGUUUGUACUGGUGUGAAGCGUACCUCGAUUUCAUAGAAUCGGUGCUAUUAGACGGGAGUGAUCGUAUACAACACGUCUAUACAUCAGCGAGUGUUAAUAUUAGUCCGUUUAGUAUAGCAGUCCGGGGAUCUGACGAUGAUAUCUAUGUCACUGAUACUAACUACAAAAAUAUUAUCGUACUCGAUCGGUCGGAAGGGGUAUUUGAAUUUGUUGGCUCUUUUCAAGCUCCAACUGGACUCGUGAUCAAUCAAGCUCGCAUCGCUGGUGUAUGUGGAGCAGAUGGAACCGAACCGUGUUUGAAUGGUGUAUGUAAGGACAACAAUGGUACGAUGGAGUGUCAGUGUUUUCCAGGCUAUACUGGAGCAACAUGUUCAGUAGAGCAGGACGAAUGCGCUUCUUCCCCAUGUACUACUGGGACAUGUGACAACCUGAUCAAUGCUUUCAUGUGUCGUUGCCCUUCUAGCCAUAUUGGGGUGAACUGCAACGAAGAGGUCAAUCAGUGCGAGGUGUCUCCAUGUAAAAACAGUGGAACGUGUAUCGACGAUGUCUACGACUACGAAUGCGUGUGCGUCGAUGGAUUUAUGGGAAAGGACUGUGAAACAUCUGAAGAUGAUUGUCUGAGUAACCCUUGUAAGGAAGGAGACUGUGUUGACGGGAUACGGGAAUACACAUGUGUCUGCACACCCGGAUAUACAGGAGUAGACUGUGAAGUUGAUAUCGACGAGUGUGCUAGUAGUCCAUGCCUAUUUGGAGGAAUAUGCAUAAAUGACAUUGUGAAUCAGUGGAGCUGUAAUUGUCCUCCAGGCUACACAGGAGAGAGAUGUUUAAACGAAUUGAAUGAGUGUUUGAGCAAUCCCUGCCAAAGCGAGCACGCUAUUUGUGAAGACAAAAUCGCCAGCUUCACCUGUCAUUGUUUCCCUGGUUAUAGUGGAGCCAACUGUGAAUUCAAUUAUGAAGAGUGCCUGAGUCAACCCUGUUACAAUGGAGGAACUUGUAAUGAUGGUAUCAAUUUCUUUACUUGUAGCUGUAUUGCCGGAUUCACCGGUUCCUAUUGCCAACAUGAAAUCGAUGAAUGCAGCAGUAAUCCAUGCCUUAAUGGAGGAUCAUGCACUGAUGCUGUGAAUAUGUUUACUUGUUCCUGUGUUUCUCGUUUCACCGGCGAACGCUGUGCUACAGACCUCGGUUUGUGUCGGUCGUUCCAUCCAUGUACCAACAAUGGCUUCUGUGUGGAUCAGGCGAAUUCAUAUAAAUGCAUCUGUGACACAGGAUACACUGGAGAUGUCUGUGAAACAAAUAUUGACGACUGUUCGAGUAACCCUUGUGAGAAUGGAGGGACAUGUAUCGAUCAUGUAGCUGCUCACUCGUGUAUAUGUCGAGAGGGAUUUGUAGAAACAAACUGUCAAACAAGAUCGAAGGAGUGUGCCAGUAAUCCCUGCAUCUAUGGUCGGUGUGUAGACGCUCAUAACAAGUACACGUGUGAAUGUGACGAUGGUUAUACAGGGUCUUCAUGCGAUACAGAAAUAGAUGAUUGUAGCAAUUCACCGUGCGGUGAUAAUGGCGUGUGUGUGGACAGGAUGAAUUCAUAUCAAUGUAUUUGCAUGACAGGCUAUUCUGGAAGCAAUUGUCAUAUCAAACUAAUGUGUUCACCCCCAAGUGAUCCACCAGAAGGAACAGAAUUCACCAAUCCGACAAAUCUAUACUUCUACGGUGACGUGUUGACUGUCUCAUGCCGUGAUUCGUCAGCUUCUACGUUGUGGAUCUGCCUUGGUACUAACACUUGGAACAAACACGAGCUAGUCUGUACAACAGACUCAUCAAAGCAGACUCUGGUAAUGAUUUCUGCAUUGCUUGGAGUUCUUCUCAUUGUCUUCAUCAUCACAUGUGCUUUAUUCAUAAUAUGUCGUCAACGGACUGGUUCUGCUAAGCUGAAUACGAACAACAGCUCCGUUCGAAUGACAGGAGGAGAGGUUCGUUUUGAAGAUGGUGGAAUCAGUAAUCCAAGCUUCGGGGAUUUCUCUACGGACACCAACUACAAUGAAGCAGAAACCUUGCCCAAAAAGGACGUUCUCAACGAAGAGGAUUUGGAUCUGAGCGUGGGUUCACCGGUCGCAUCCAAUGAUACUUAUUUGGGUACAUUGGAUGACGUGCCCCUCCACCCGCCUUCAUAUUCCGAAGCUUAGUGACCCCUUUAAAAUACCUACUUAUACGGACACAAAGUGACCCCUCCGACGACUUUCCUAUUCCGAAACUUAAUAACCUUUAUUAAAAACCUUCUUAUACCGACCGACACUUAGUGACCCCUUAAACCACCUUCCUAUUCCGAAGCUUAGUGACCCCUUCCAGAAAAUCUUCUUUUACCGACACUUAGUGACCCCUGCUAACCAUAUUCAUAUUCAGAAACUUAGUGACCCUUUCUAGAAAACCUUCUAACACCGACCGACACUUAGUGACCCCUCAAACCACCUUCCUAUUCCGAAGCUUAGUGACCCCUUCCAGAAAAUCUUCUUAUACCGACACUUAGUGGCCCCUGCUAACCAUAUUCAUAUUCAGAAACUUAGUGACCCUUUCUAGAAAACCUUCAAACACCGACCGACACUUAGUGACCCCUCAAACCACCUUCCUAUUCCGAAGCUUAGUGACCCCUUCCAGAAAAUCUUCUUAUACCGACACUUAGUGACCCCUGCUAACCAUCUUCAUAUUCAGAAACUUAGUGACCCUUUCUAGAAAACCUUCUAAUAUACCGACCGACACUUAGUGACCCCUGCAUGCCAACCAUUUUCCUAUUCAGAAACUUAGUGGCCCAUUCCAGAAAACUUCUUAACCGACAUUUAGUAACCCCGCCAACCAUCUUCCUAUUCAGAAACUUACGGACUCCUUCCAAAAACCUUUUUUUACUGACCGACACUAGGUGACCCUUCCUAUUUAGAAACUUAGUGACCACUUCCAAAACAACUUCUUAUACCGACACUUAGUGACCCCUUGAAACAAUUCCUAUUCAGAAAAUUAGUGGCCCCUGUCAACCACUUUCCUAUUCGGAAUCUUUAUUUAAAUUUGAAGAAAAUAAUGAAAGAUUUACUAUUGAACAACAAAAUAUUUACUCAGGAGCUCACCUCGAUUAGCAUGUUGAUAUUGUUAGCUAUAGUUACCAAAUAAUAUGAAUGUAUAUUGACUAAAAAUGAAGUUAUAUGUUGGUGAUUCGGUAAUAAAUUCAAACUUCAGAUACGUAGUUAUGUUUAAGUUGAGGAUCAGCUGAAGCUGAGUAGAAAGCGGUGAGUUUGAGAACAUGCAUUGAAUUUAAUUUAUCAAAACAUAUAGGCCUACAUGUAAAAAGAAAAACAUACAAUAGAAAAAAGAAUACAUUAAACAUACAAAAUAAAAAGCAAUUAUAUGGUCAGGACCACAAAGAAGCAGAUUGCUCAUAAAAACGCCACCACUUAACAAAAAUUAAAUACGAUUUAGUCACCAUACCCACUAAAACACACACACACACACACACACACACACACGCACAUACAAAUACUUCAUACACACAUACCUACACGAAAUACUGUAUUUACUUGCACGUGAAUCGAUAUAAGCUUUUUUGGCGUCCCUUAACGAAUAAUGCAUUAGAAAUAUAUAUUACGUUGAGAUAUAUUCGAUUUAUCAAAACUGUACAUUUUUGGGAUUACUUUGAAUUAAAAAAUGAUUUUUAUAUUGUGUGAUUUUGUUUUAUGUUGACCAAUAUGUAUAUAAUGCACGGUAAACAUUAUCAACACAUUCUUUGUACGGGAUAAAGGGAUUUCUCAAUAUCAUUGCUGAAAUAUAUUAAUUGUAAACUUAUAGUAAUUUUUUUACUGAGGAAUGAGGUUUAUAAUGGGUUUAUCAUAUAUUAAGAAUUGUUAUACGAAACCGCAAUAAUGUUAUAACCAAUUUAUAAUCGGAAUAAAGCCUUUAAAAGUCUUUUCAUUCUUCUGACGUCAAAGUCUUCUCUUUUUUUAAGUUUUGAAAUAGUACGUCCUUUCUAUUACGUUAUUCACCUGUAGACUUACAUUUAACUGUUUUGACUAUUCAUAUUUUAUCGAAGUUUGUUAAACCAAAAGGAUAGUGCAUUACUUUGCUUUAAAUUGUGUUUUUUAUGUUCAUUCUUACAAAUUGUUAUCCUCUGUCGAUGCAUUGUUGAAAUGAAGUAGUCACCUUAUAUAUCAAGUGAUUUCAAGAAAAACAA